CUAAUUCUGUAGAGAAAUUCAAUUUUCACCAACAACAACAAAAAGAAGAAGAAAGAUGGAAAAAAAGAGCAAGAUCAACGGGUACAAGGUGCCCAGCUCGGCGUCCACCGACCGGAUCGUGGAGCAAGGCGCGCGAAAGAGCUGCGUGGGGAAGGUGACGGUGUUCCUGAGGAAGAACCUGCUGGUGAUCAUGACGGUGUCCGGGGUGGCGGUGGGCGUCGGGCUCGGCAUGCUGGUCCGCGACAUGAACCUGACCAAGGCGCAGAUGACCUACUUCGCCUUCCCCGGCGAGAUGCUCCUGCGGAUGCUGAAGAUGAUCAUCCUGCCGCUGGUCGUCUGCAGCCUCGUGUCCGGCGCCGCCAGUCUGGACACCCGCUCCCUGGGGAAACUGGGGGGCAUCGCUGUCGCCUACUUCCUGGUGACCACGCUGAUCGCCUCGGGGAUCGGGAUUUCCCUGGCCUUCAUUAUCAAGCCCGGCGUUGGCGCGGGGUCCCUGAGCCUGGGACUGGAGAGAGUCAGCAGCGAAAAGGAGACCACCGACUCCUUUUUGGAUCUGGCCAGGAAUUUAUUCCCAUCGAACUUGGUGGCUGCUGCUUUCCGUUCUUAUGCCACUGACUACAAGAUGGUUGCUGUAGGGAACGACACCAAUGGAACAACACUUUAUCAAAAGGUGCCUAUUGGUACCGAAACAGAUGGCAUGAACAUCCUAGGUCUGGUGUUAUUUGCCAUGGUGUUCGGCGUGGCGCUGAGGAAGCUGGGAGAUGAGGGGGAAGAACUCAUCCGCUUCUUCAACGCCUUUAAUGAGGCCACCAUGGUGCUGGUGUCCUGGAUCAUGUGGUACAUCCCUUUUGGCGUCAUGUUCCUGGUGGGCAGUAAGAUUGUGGAGAUGGAAAAUGUGGUUCUUCUAGUCACCAGUCUGGGGAAAUACAUCUUCGCCUCGAUCCUGGGCCACGUCAUCCACGGAGGCAUCGUCCUGCCCCUCAUCUACUUUGGCUUCACACGCAAGAACCCUUACAGCUUCCUGUCAGGCCUCAUCACGCCCUUCACCACAGCCUUCGCCACCUGCUCCAGCUCAGCAACUCUGCCCUCUAUGAUAAAAUGUGUGGAAGAGAACAACGGUGUGGACAAGCACAUCAGCCGCUUCAUCCUCCCCAUCGGGGCCACUGUCAACAUGGACGGGGCGGCCAUAUUCCAGUGCAUUGCUGCCGUCUUCAUCGCUCAGCUCAACAAUAUUGAACUGAACGCCGGGCAGAUCUUCACCAUUCUGGUCACAGCCACAGCAUCGAGUGUGGGAGCAGCUGGCAUCCCAGCCGGCGGCAUCAUCACCAUCGCCAUCAUCCUUGAGGCCAUUGGCCUGCCGACAAACGACCUGUCCCUCAUGCUGGCUGUUGACUGGAUUGUAGAUCGCACCACCACGGUGGUGAAUGUGGAGGGCGACGCUCUGGGUGCCGGAAUCCUCCACCAUAUCAACCAGCAGGAGAUGAAGAAGAAGAAGCAGGUGCAGCCGGACUGGGAACUGGCGGAGAUCCGGGUGGAGGCGGUGGCCAACGUUCAGGCGGAGGAGGAGACCUCGCCACUCGUCAUGCACCAAACCAAAGCCUCGGCGGUCCCGUUGGAAGCCAUUGAGUCCGUCCUGUGAAUACGCCAGACUUUUUUGUUUUUCUUGCCCCCUGACCUUUUUGACCUUUUUACGGUACUUCAGAUGUUGCUGCUGACAGGACACCGUUCUGACUCCUUUUUAAUAAUUAAGGUCACUGGUUUCACUUGAGAGGGAGGUACCAGAUAGUAACAGUCUGCCUCUCAAGCAUAAAUAGUCUACAGUGUACCUGCCACUGUUGUGCUUUUGAAAUCUGGUCACUUGAUCUCAUUAAAUGAGUUACCAUACAAUAAUCUUAAUGCAGAAUAGGAUAUAACAAAUUUGUGAAUUAUUAAUUCGGAAAACAUUUCCUCAAUUUAUCUAAACCCUAACCCUUUUUUUUAUUUUUUACUUGAGUUCAACAUGUUUAUAUUUUUUACAUUUUAAUUAAGGUAUUGUGUGAGACACAGUGUGUGUAAAAUAUCCCUAAAACAUUCACAGAAAUGCCGUAGCAAUUGUCUGGUGUGCUGUGUGAGAUGCUCACAGCCGUAAGUUUGUACGUCAUGCGCAUUUCUUUGUUUUUAUCUUCAAACAACAAAUACAACAACCACCACUAACUGUAGAACACUAACAACUCAUCAAAUGCUGAUACAUUUCUGUCAUAACUUAAUUAUACAAUUCGGGAUACCUGUUCAAGCUCCUCAACUCCGCUUGUAGAAUGUAUUUGCAUUUUAUUUGUUCACCUCAUUGGCUUUACAUUCUUUGCUGGAUGAAAAGAGCAGCAAAUCCGAAUGAAAAAGACAACAGUUUGGUCCUAGGUUUUAAACUGGUUGUUUGUUAAAAUUCAGAGAAUGGUUUACAAGAUGUGCGCAGGCUUUUAUUUACUGACCGUUAUCAGCCAAUGUCAAACAUUAAUCUUAAAUGACAGGUUAAUAAUUUGGUAUUUUACCACCUGUUUAUCUCAAAAUACACUGGUAUGGUUGGGAAAGCAUUUUGAACAUUGGACCAUACGAAAUGGUGUCUUGAUAUCCAUGAUUUAUAUUAAAUCCCCCGACUAAUCCUAAUACCACCAUGAACCAUUUGGACUUUGUUUGCUCGCUAAUUAGUAAGUUAAAGCAAAUAUUAACAUCAGCUAACUAUUUUUGUUGCUCUAAUUUCUUAGCAAAUGUUUGCUGAGUUAACACAUCAGGUGUUUAGACUAAGUUGUGAAUAGCUUACCUGGUACUCGAGUUAGCCAGCGAUUGUAAUAAACUAAACAGAUUGUAUGAAAAGAUUGAUUUAUGGUGAAAAUAUCUGCUCCCAGUCCAAAAUAGGACAGGAAUAAAUAUUUCCAGUCCCGCUGAGAUAGCAAACAAGCUACGUAAAUGCAAUUCGCUAUUGUUAAGCUAAAGACCUCCAAAAUGGUGAGAACUAUUUGAAGGCAUCUUUUUGCGGCUUGUGUAGAGAAGGUAACCAACAAGUUGCAAAACUUUCACAAGAUGAUAAACGGUCAGGCCAUGACAUUGAAUGGUUAUGAUUAUUGAGCUUGAAUGGUUAGUUAUUUACCCUGAAUGAUUAAGAUUACUGACAUUAAAUAGUUACAGUUUUUUUUACCUUGAAUGGUUAAAGGUUACUGACCUUGAAUGGGUAGGGUUAGUGACCUCAAAUGAUUGAGGGUAUUGACGUAGGGUUGAGGUUAGGCAUUUACCAUGGAAGUUUUGCGAGAGUUUUUGUGUUUUUGCAACUUGUGGGUUAAUCUUCUCGACACGGCCCUUGAUGAGCUGACGGAAUGCUGUUUAAAACACAAUCACAGGACAUAAUCGUGAUGAUGGUAGUGUCUAGAAUGCCACCCACAAAUUGUGAAAUGUUCAGGGUAUGCUAAGGUUAGGCAUAGACCUUAAAAGUUAUAAGGCUAGACAUGGACCUCCAAAGGUUCUGCUUGGGAUAAGUUCUCUGGCAGCGAGUCUGGCGAGAGAUUUCGCAGGUUUUCAAACUUGUUGGCUGCCUUCUAGACAUGGCCCUUGAAGACAUUGUCACGGGACAUAAUUACAGUUGAUCGAACGCUAGUUUGCAAGUAGUUUGUUCGUCGAGAAAAAACACUCCAGUCUCCCCUUUUAAAGGACAGAUAUUCAAUGUGUGGUUGUCAGUAGUUCAGGAUUGAGAAAUCCCAGAAAAUCCACAAAGAAUUCACACAAAAAUAUCUCAACCUCAUCAAAUGUUUACAGGCAAAAACCGGACCCAAAAUGCACGAUGAGUGCACACUGUACAGUGUAUUUUAAUUGUUUUACUGACAACGUACUGCAUUUUUUUAAAUUCAGUCUUUUUGAUACAUAAAUAACUGGUUGCUACUGUAGAUCACUCGAAAGGGAACAUUGGGCAUUGCCAUUAUCAUGGCUCGUUUUCCAAAUGUUGAUUUCCCCUGAUCUAGAGAUAAAAACGGCAAGACUUGAUUUGCCAUGACGUAGCUGAUGUCGAUGUGGUAUGGUAUACAGCUUGGCAUGAAGGAAACUGCCAACUUUCUGAUGAUUCAAGCAAAAAACAUCUCCCUUUAGGAUGCAGGUCUCUGCUGUCCUCUAUUGGUGUCAGGCGUUAGUGGGAAAGUAGCAAACAAGGUGACAGCGUCAAAAACCUUGGUUGGACCUGUUCUGUGUGCAUCUGAAACACCUGACAGUUUUUAAAUCUGUGGUAAUAUUUCCUAUUUAUUUGAUCCAACAUUCACGGGGAACAAUUGGUGGUGUGACUGCUCCUGUGAUAUACUGUAUUUUAAAAGGUGAAGGAACAUCAUAUGUGGACAUGAGUCUGGUGCUGCUUUAGUUUUAUAUCAUGGUCUGUACGUUGAUACCGUCUGCCAUCAAGAGAACAUGAACUAUCAUUUCUUGUAAUUUUAGAUUGAACAGAUUACUUUUCUAAGCUAACAAGUGCUCUGUUAACCUAAAGCUGUGAACGUGAACUAUAAUUUCUUGUAAUUUUAGAUUGAACAGAUUACUUUUCUAAGAUAACAAGUGCUCUGUUAACCUAAAGCUGUGUAACUAGAUUUUGUUGAGUAUAUCUGCUCCAUGUGAAGACACAGAAUGAGGUACAUGUACUUUAUAAAUACGUAUAUAUUUGAUAUUAAUUUAUUGUAAUUGUUUGUACUUUCUCAUUUUAACAUUUUCUCAGUGUGAAUUUUUGUAUUAUGACUUGUGCCAGUAUUUCUGAUAACCUGUUGUCAGCAAUUAAUUCCUGCUGUGUUAUACUGUUUUUUUUAUUUUUAGGAGUAGCUUCUGCCUUGAUGUGCCAUGUCAAUGUGUAACUCUGUUAACAGCUGUCUCUUUGCUGUUGGUCCUGCUGUCUGUCAACAUUAAAAGUGAUACAGUAUGUUUUUCAUGCAACCCAA